ACUAAUUAAUCAAUUAAUUAAUUAUUAAUUAAUAAAAAUGAAUCACACUCAGAGCCAGUUUUCUUCUGACGAUGAUGAUGCCGGUAGCAUGACCACGGCGCAGCAGAGUAUAGGGAGAAGUCACUUAAGUGAAGACAGUGGUAACACCGUACCAAUGGGAGCAACUCUUGGAGGUUCACGCCAUUGGCGAGAUGUUUUCUGGCUGGGAAUAUUUCUUUUACAUUUAAUCGUAGCAGGUCUUGCUCUUGGUGUACUUGGAUUAAAUAGGUUUAGGAAGAAAGAUAGGCUUAACAUUGAUCAAUAUACAGAUAGGUUUCUUGAAAAUCAACCUGGUUUAACCGAGGACUACUGGCCACUAUAUGCUAUCGCUGGUGCAAUUAGUACAGUUAUUGGAUGGGCUUGGUUAUUGCUGCUUGGUUCGCGCUCAGAUCAGAUGAUGAGAGUCUCUGUCCAUAUAUUGACUACUUAUCUUGCGGUUCUCAGCGUUUUGUGUUUUUGGGGAAAAUUUGUGUUUUGGGGUAUCGCUUUUGCCAUGUGUUCUGGGUUACAGUUCUUAUAUAUCUUGUCAGUGAUAGACAGACUUCCAUUUACGAUGUUGGUUCUGCAAAGAGCUGUGAAAAUGGUAUGGACUCUUCCGGAAGUUAUGAAAGUAGCGUGUGCUUUUAUGCUAGUCAUGCUACUUUGGCUAGCAUUAUGGUCUUUCGGCGCUGCUGGUGUUGUGGCAUCCAGCAUAGGAGAUAGUGGACGCUGGUGGCUUCUUGUGGUUUUCUCAGUGAGUUUGUUUUGGACAGGGGCGGUUCUUUGUAAUACCGUUCAUGUUAUCGUAUCCGGUAUGGUGUUUCUUGUGCUUAUCCAUGGUGGCCGAGAGGCUGCAUCAAUGCCUAGGAACCCAUUGCUUCAAUCUUUACGGUAUGCUGUAACUACUUCUUUUGGGAGCAUCUGUUACGGCUCUCUUUUCACAGCUGCUAUUCGCACACUUCGGUGGGAGAUCAGGGGAUUCAGGUCAAAAAUUGGCAAUAAUGAGUGUCUGUUAUGCUGUGUCGAUUUCCUGUUUCAUCUAGUAGAGACACUUGUUCGUUUCUUCAACAAAUAUGCAUAUGUACAGAUUGCAGUGUAUGGCAAAAGCUUCAAUCACUCGGCAAGAGAUGCGUGGGAGUUAUUUCAAUCCACUGGUGUGGAAGCGCUAAUUGCCUAUGACUGUUCGGGGGCAGUUUUACUCAUGGGUACACUCUUGGGUGGGCUGAUUACCGGAACAUGUGCUGUAGUUUUGACCAGGAUUAAACAUUCUGACAGAGAGUUGAUGAUGGGGUCUACUGCCCUAUUGAUGGGCAUGGUCUUGGUUGGGUUGGCUAUGGUGGUGGUGGAAAGUGCGGUUACGUCCAUAUACAUUUGCUACGCUGAAGAUCCGUUGUUGAUACACAGGUGGGAUCCGGAAUUCUUCACUCAGAUGUCUGAGACAUUACACCAACGUCUCCAACACAGAAGUGCUCGAGUAAGGGAAGGAUCAAGUCAAAAUCCACUUUCUGACCAAAUACAAGACACUAUAUCCAUCUGAUUAUAAAUAGUCCUUUUGGUUUUCUAAAAUGUCAUGUUGGUUGUAUAAGUUCAAUGACAUGGUAAUUGUUCCCAUUUGCUUUGCCGGAUCUGAUCUAAGAUUGGAUUCGUCGUGUCUAAAAUAUGUAUCAAUAUCUCAACAAUAUGCUUCCAA